AUGCCUCCAGCUGCAUACUCAACUUUUCAUACUCAUUCUACAACAGCCUCUGCUUACGUUGCUGCCACUAUGAAUUCGCUUAAUUCCAAUAACUCUUCAAACAAAUCCCCUAAUAACAGAAGAGCCAUCGAUAACAAUUAUAGAUAUAAAAUAGUAGAUGAUAUUUGUGCUGAAACAAAUUUAUAUACUAUAAUUGAAUUGGCAUAUGCUUAUGAAACGUUGAAUAAACCAUCAACGCGUCGUGCCUAUGAUAUAUCAGGAACUAGUGAUCUAGGUAGUGUCAAUGGUACUGGUGACGAAACUUUACAUGGUGAAGAUGCUAUUGAGACUUUGGAAACUGCUUUCCGAAGAAUGAGAGAAUUACUUUUAGCUGGUAAAAAAUACGUUAAAAUUGUUCAAUUUGAAUUAAUCCGUCUAUACGAGAUUCAGCAACAACUUCGUUCUCUUUCAUACUUUGAUGUAUUUGGUCGUCUGCGAUUGACCAUCCAACUUGCUCGAAUAACGCUAACGAUACCACUAUUAAUUGAUAAUUCAAUGAAAGCCGAAUUCGAGCAUUUAGGUGGUAAAUCUGGUAUGAAUAAGGGACUAUUAGGUGAUAGUAUGGCUAAAGUCAUUACUGGUCUAGUGGCUAUUUUAG